UCAGAAUUUUGAAUCACGAAAUGUGAUCAAAGUAACCGCAGGUCUUUACUUACGAAAAAUCAUAAGCAGAGCAAGUGUGCGAGUGAAUUGUGUGCCGAGGUAAAAUUGUGAAACGUUUAAAGAAAUAUUGUAAUCAAAUCCUAAUUUUCCUAAUUUAGUGAGUUAGCUUAGUUAGCUUCAAGCAGUUGUGAGUGGUAGAAACAUUUUUUUACCAUAACUAUUAUAUGUACUACCAAUCAGCUCACGUGCUGCGAAAGCAUACAGCAGUACACGUGCUACCAAAGUUGCGAGCACAGAUUAGGCAGAAGGAAACUAAACGUAAGUCACCCAUUUUACUAUACUAAAUUAUAAACAAAACGUAUUUAUCUAAAUGAAAUCCUAAACAAUGUGGCAGUUAAUGUAGGAGCUUUUCUCUGCACUUCUAUCAUUUAAGGAAUUUAUUAACGCCACCGAAUAAAACAAGAUAUUGUCAAAUAAAGGUCGUUUUAACAAAUCGGAAAAUUCUAUUCCUCUGUCUGUCGCUCACGCAACAAUUUUAAUAAAUUCGUUUACGAUCGGGGGCUCAUUCUGUCGGUAUGACUAACAAGCGGGGAACUGUGGAAGUGAGCUGCAAUGUGUGCCGUCAGCCGGACGAUAGUCGCAUGGUAGCAUGCGAUUCCUGUGAACUGUGGUUUCACUUCGCGUGUGUAAAGGAGGAUUCAAGUGUUCAGGAUCGGGAGUGGAACUGUGAAAAAUGUCUUGUCGCAGCUAAUCAAGUCCCAGCCGGCACAUCAACACCAACUAACAACACCGGAGCGAUUCCAAAGUCGGGGAACAUGCCAACGGAUUCGAGGCUGGAGGAAUAUUUGCAGCAGCAACUAUCCAAGCAGUUAGUGGUCAUGCAGGAGAUGUUCGACCGAAUGAUGCGUGAAAAGGAAGAGCAACAGGCGAAAGAGCUCAACGAUCAGCGAAACAUGUAUGAGAAAAGGUUGAAGGAUGCGGAGCGUAGAGUGAUGGACCAAGUUUCUUCGAGGCCAUGUGGUGGAUCAGUAGCGGGUUCCAGGGUAGAACAAACAUCGCAAAUAGCCAACGCUGGACCAAUAAGAGGAGCUGUUCGUAGUCCGUCAUCUGUAUGGCCCCUAGGGUGCGCAUCGGCGAUGAGUGCAUCAGCCUAUCAACAAGUCAUCAGAGAUGAAGCAUUAUAUGACGUUAGCCGAAAUCAACCGUUGCCAUGGCAAAUAGGAGUUGGUCCUACAGCAAGCUCGACGACAAAUCCACUGCCACAGGUGAAUGUAGCUGAGUCAAGCCACGGCUACGAUGUGCUCGCGCAUGAGCUAAAGUUACUGGAGGACAAACAAGCUUUGGAGAGAAAGCAUUUGGAGGAGCGUCGUCAACUUUUGAAUCGGCAAUCAGUAAUCGACGGAAGUGCGACUGGCGGUGGUGCCGGUUUGAAUUCACAACCAACAACAUUCCAGCCGAAUGUCAGCAGCUUCAGUGGUACGAUUGGUGGUGGUGCAAGACCACAUGCUCAAGCAACGGCGUUCGAGUCAAACUAUGGCGGUUCCUUCGGUGCGAAUAGUUUCGGAAUUGGAUUUCAUCCUCAAGCCAGGAGUGCCGGUGGUUUUGGUGGAUACCCCAUGUUGAGCCAGAAUCAGAUUUCAGCGCGUCAAGUUUUGAAUAAGGAGCUUCCCGUGUUCACCGGAAAUCCAGAAGAGUGGCCUCUUUUCAUUGCGAGCUUCGAGAGUUCAAGCCGAAUAUGCGGAUUCAGCGACGAGGAAAAUAUGCUGCGGCUCCAGCGAAGUUUGAAAGGCAAGGCUUUGGAAGCGGUACGAUGCCGUUUGUUGCAUCCUCAAAAUUUGGCAGGUGUGAUCGAGACUCUGAGAACUCUUUUUGGAAGGCCCGAAGCUAUCGUCUACACGUUCAUACGCAAAAUCCGAGAAAUGCCAGCACCGAAGGAGGAUAAGUUACAGACAGUCAUCGACUUCGGCGUGGCUGUCCAAAACGUCUGUGCAGCCAUCUCAGCUUCAGGUCUCGACGAGUAUAUGUUCGACGUAGCUCUCCUGCAGGAACUAAUAAGUAAACUGCCGACAUCCAUACGAAUGAACUGGGCGUUCUAUAGACAAGGACUGGCGAGAGUUACUCUUUGGGAAUUCAGCGAUUGGUUAGGAAAGGUGGCUACAGCGGCGAGCACCAUAACGUUGCCAUCGAUUAGUCCACCUAAAAUUGAAAAGCGUGAAAGAAAGAAUGAGAAUUUUAUUAAUGUGCAUUCGGAAGCCAGUGGAGGUUUUGAGAAUCCUGUAAAAGAACGUUCGGUUACUGUUUCGAAGGCGAAAGGUUGCGUGUCGUGUUCAGGUGAAUGCAGUGGUCUUGAACAGUGCCGGAAAUUCCUUAAAUUGGACAUCGGGUCUCGUUGGACGAUCAUCAAAGAGCAGAAUUUGUGCAGGAAGUGUCUGCGGAAGCAUUUUGGUGCUUGUAAGGUGAAAGAACCAUGCGGAAGAAACGGUUGCACGUACAAGCACAACAAGCUUCUCCAUGACGAUAAGCGCUACAGCAAGCCAGCGGCAUCUGAGUCAACGAAGUCUAGCAACGAUAACUCGUCUUCAAAUUCUACAACGCAGAGUUGCAACACGCAUUCAAAGGCUACUCGGAGAGUUCUGUUUGGGUAUGUGCCUGUGACAAUCUACGGAAAAGGAAAGCAAGUGAACACCUUUGCGUUCCUCGACGAUGGAUCAUCUGCAACUCUAAUGGAGCACGGUCUACUUAAAGAACUUGGUCUGAAUGGCACCCCUUAUCCAUUGUGUCUUGACUGGACUGGAGGCCAAAGUCGGGAAGAAAAGGAGUCGGUUGUGCUAGCUUUGAAGAUUUCCGGAACGACCGAAGCAAGUGAAAUGUUCGAAUUGUCGGAGGUUCAUACGGUCAAGGACCUUUCUCUACCGAAGCAGUCAGUUUCAGUUCCGCAAAUGGUUACGAAGUACGGCUAUCUUAAUGGGUUACCCCUACGGUCCUACGAAGGAGCUUCUCCACGAAUCCUUAUAGGAAUGAACAACUGUCGCCUGGGAAGUUCCUUAAGAAGCCUUGAGGGAGAUGAGAACGAGCCGAUGGCAUCCAAGACAAGACUUGGAUGGAUAUUGUAUGGUCCCUGUACAGCGGAGUUUGGUGUUAACGAGUCAGACUAUAGUGGUUACCAUAGCUUCCACAUUUGCCCGUGUAACAAAGAUAGCGAGAAAGAUGUUCAUGAAGCCCUGAAGGAGUACUUCUCAAUCGAAUCGAUGGGAAUCUAUGGAUCUUCGAAGUCACUUCUCUCCAAGGACGAAGAAAGAGCAUUGAAGAUUCUGUCUACCGAAACACGUCUAAUUGGAAAACGUUACGAGACUGGAUUGUUGUGGCGAUACGAUCAACCAAGGUUGCCGAACAGUAAAGGAAUGGCUCUGAAGCGUCUAGCCUGUCUAGAAAAACGACUAAAACGAGAGCCUGAAUUAGCAGCGGCGAUGUCAGCAAAGAUGUCCGAAUACGAGGAGAAAGGUUAUAUUCGGCGACUAUCGAUCCAGGAAAAAGCGGAGAAGCAUCCAAACGACUGGUAUUUGCCGAUAUUUCCUGUUACGAAUCCGAACAAGCCCGGUAAGAUGCGUAUCGUGUUCGACGCAGCAGCCAAAGUCAACGGAGUAUCGCUAAACUCGUUCCUUCUUACGGGACCUGAUCAGCUAGUAUCCCUGUUAACUGUCCUCUUCAAGUUUCGUGAAUUUCGCAUCGCAGUCGUGGGAGACAUCCGAGAGAUGUUCUUUCAAGUAAAGAUGAAAAAGCAGGACCAGCGAAGCCAGAUGAUAUUGUGGCCCAAUACAGCUGCAGUCGAAGAUCCAGAGGUGUACGUGGUAACAGUAAUGACUUUCGGAGCGGCAUGUUCUCCAAGCAGUGCGCAUUACGUCAAGAACCGGAACGCUGACAGAUUCGAGGAACAACACCCUAGGGCAGUUCAGUGUAUUAAGUACGAGCACUACGUGGAUGACAUGUUAGCAAGCGUAGAAACCGAAGAAGAUGCGACGAAAUUAGCUGAAGAAGUUCGUUGGAUUCACGCACAAGGAGGGUUCGAGAUAAGAAACUGGCAUUCUAACUCAAGUUACGUUAUCGAAAACCUACAAGAAAAACCUACCGUGGAGAAAAACAUGAGCUUCUGUCCGGAGAUGUCAACGGAGAAAGUCCUCGGAAUGUGGUGGGACACAACUACUGAUACGUUUACGUUCAAGUUAUCACCGAAACACGAUGCAGAGCUACUUUCCGGAGCAAGGAUGCCAACGAAACGUGAAGUCUUGAGAACUUUGAUGACUGUAUACGACCCUAUGGGACUCAUCGGCAACUUUCUCAUUUAUUUGAAAAUCCUGCUCCAGGAGAUUUGGCGUUCCGGAACCGGUUGGGACGAUGAGAUCGACUCGAGGUUGACCGAGAAGUGGUUAACAUGGAUUGAAGCGCUGCCGAAUGUUCGUCAAGUUACUAUCCCACGCUGUUACCGAACUGUGACGUCCAUCGAGUCAACCAACAGUGUGGAGCUGCAUGUUUUCUGCGAUGCCAGUGAAAAUGGAAUAGCUGCCGUUGCAUACUUUAAAUUUCAAGAAGGAGAUAAGGCGGAAUGUGCGCUGAUUGGAUCAAAGACCCGCGUAGCCCCAUUGAAGUUCCUCUCUAUUCCUCGUCUCGAGUUGCAGGCCGCUGUAGUUGGAGCACGCUUUGCCGAUAGUAUCGUCAAGUCACAUAGAAUGAAGAUUACACGGCGCGUUUUCUGGACUGAUUCCCGUGACGUAGUGUGCUGGUUACGGUCUGAUCAUCGACGAUACAGCCAAUUUGUUGCGUUUAGGGUCAGCGAACUUCUUGACACCACACAAGUAGAAGAGUGGAGAUGGCUUCCAACUAAGCAGAACGUAGCGGAUGAAGGAACGAAGUGGCAAAGAUUGCCGAACUUUCAGCCGAGCAGUCGUUGGUUCCGAGGACCAGACUUCCUACUAGAACCCGAAGAUUCGUGGCCUGGCGACGCUGGAGAUCAAGGAACGACGAUGGAAGAGAUCCGUGCUAGCGUUCUUCACCACCAAGGAGCCAAACCACUGAUCAUCUCUUUCGAACGUUUUUCGAAAUGGCAACGACUUUUGCGAUCUGUCGGAUACUUACACCGUUAUUUCAUCAACUUCCAGAACACCGUUAGAAAAACCACACUAGUGAGAGGCGCUCUGACACAGGAGGAGUUGAAAUCAGCUGAGAACACAAUCUACCGAUGUGUUCAGCAGCAGGCUUACUCGGACGAAGUUCGAUUGAUACGCAGUCGAGUACAAGGAGCUUCACCCUGGGAACGUACGUUGCCGAAAUCCAGUGCUCUCUACAAACUAAAUCCAGUCAUCGAUGAGCACGGUGUUCUACGAAUGCAAGGACGUAUCGGCGCCUGCGAAUGGGCAGAUGAGGCCACGAAAAACCCAGUUAUACUCCCGAGGCAACAUCACGUAACAAACCUGUUGAUCGCUGACUACCACGCUAAGUACCAUCAUCAGAAUCAUCAAACCGCAUUGAAUGAGAUUCGACUUAAGUACAAUAUUCCUCGCCUCCGCUCCGAACUUGAUCGUGUUAGAAGGAACUGUCUAAGGUGUAAAAUCCGCCAGGCUAGUCCAAGGCCUCCAGCUAUGGGUAAUCUUCCACCAGCCCGACUGGCAGCCUACCAGCGACCCUUCUCGUACACCGGAAUAGACUAUUUUGGACCAAUGACCGUGCUAGUUGGCAGGCGUACCGAGAAACGAUGGGGAGUUCUUUUCACCUGCAUGACCACCAGAGGCAUACAUAUCGAGAUCGCACAUUCCCUGUCUACGGAUUCUUGCAUCUUAGCUCUACGUAAUUUCAUCGCAAGAAGAGGUCCACCUUUGGAGAUCAUCAGUGACCGGGGAACCAACUUCAUCGGAGCAUCGAGGGAGCUACGUGAAGCACUGGCGAAGAUCGACGAAGAACGUCUGAAAGUAGAAUUCGUCAGCCCAGAUACUAAGUGGACGUUCAAUCCUCCGGCUGCCCCACAUUUCGGUGGCUGUUGGGAGCGUUUAAUUCAUAAGCCCCCGAUCGUUUUCGACAAUACACCGAUUACUCUGAAACGAUCGUGGACGAUGGCACAACAAUACGCUGAUCUUUUCUGGAAGAAGUGGGUAAAUGAAUAUCUGCCCACGCUGACGCGAAGGACCAAGUGGUUUCAACCCGUGAAGCCCAUUCAGGAAGGAGACUUGGUGAUGGUCGUCGACAAUAACCUGCCGAGAAAUUGCUGGCCAAGAGGACGUGUGAUCAAAGCUGUUCCGGCGCAUGAUGGUCAGGUUCGUCGUGUUACUGUUCAGACAGUAAAAGGGCUUCUAGAGAGACCUGCUACCAAGGUUGCCGUGUUAGAUGUCGGUGCAACAGGAGCUCACGUGCUGCGAAAGCAUACAGCAGUACACGUGCUACCAAAGUUGCGAGCACAGAUUAGGCAGAAGGAAACUAAACGUAAGUCACCCAUUUUACUAUACUAA